AUGGACCCAGCACCGUACGGAGGAUUCAUGACCAGAACGGUCGACGAAGAAAAUGAACAGAAACAGAAACUCGAGCUGCAAAGAGUUCCCGUCGUCUUCAAUGGUAAAGACGAAGUUUUGCGCCCGGAAGCAGUUCAUGUGAAAGGCGUCGAUGCCUUGGCUACUUCAGACAUCAAGUCAUAUGUCGACUACUAUCUCAACUACAAACAAGAAGGAGAGGAUUUCGUACCUAUAGAGGACAGAGUGAAGUUUCGUGUGCAAUGGAUCGAUGACAACAAUGUCAACUUGGUAUUCAACACCCAUGAAGAUGCAUUGGCAGCCACGAAAGCUCUUUCGGAAGAGCCAUUAGAGAUUGAUAUUGAUAUCGACACUGAUGCUGGAGCUUCGGUGCAAAAUGGCGACGGAAUGGAAGGAGUAGAUGGCGCAGACAGUACGGAAGUUCCAAAACCUUCAACUUUGACUCCUGAAUACAUCGCUCAGUUGUUAGUUGAAAGACAAGCCAAAUCAUACUUAAACUCUCUUGCUCUAAAGAGGUAUGUGAAUGCACAAAGACAUGCAAACUCAGAAGACUUGUUCGAGUCCAAGAAGCUGGAAAAGGAAACUGUUGAGGUAGAGAAAAAAGAGGAGGAGGGAAGUUCUGUUGUUCUUUUUAUUCGUCAAGCUGUCGAGAGCGACCGCAAAGUGGAGAAUGCUGCAGCUUAUUCCCGUUACUACUUGCUACAUGGCGAGCCUGACCGUACGCGAAAGCCACGCAGAGGAAGACGUGACGAGACUAGAGGUACCUCUCGUCCCCAAGUUGAAGACGAGGGAGAUUUGUUUCUGGACAAAUUGGCCACAUACGAAGAAAGAAAAGCUAGAGCAGACCGUGAGGAAGAUCUUUUUGCUGACAGAAUGAGAGAACACUCUCCAAGCCGAAAGAGACGCUAA